GCGGCCGCGGCGUCUCGGCGGCUUCCGGGCGGAGCGCGGCCGCGGCCCGGCCGGGCGGCAUGAGGCGGGCUCCGCCGGGGCUGCCCGUCGCCUAGCGCGGCCCGGGCCCGCGGGGCCAUGUCGGACGAGCGCAACAUGGAGCGGACGAUCAAGGAAACCUUCAUUUUAGAGGAAUACAACAUUAACUGGACCCAGAAGCUGGGGGCUGGAAUCAGUGGUCCAGUGAGAGUCUGCGUGAAAAAAUCUACUCAAGAACGAUUUGCACUGAAAAUUCUUCUUGAUCGUCCAAAAGCUAGAAAUGAGGUACGUCUGCAUAUGAUGUGUGCAACACAUACAAAUAUUGUUCAAAUUAUUGAAGUUUAUGCUAACAGUGUGCAGUUCCCUCAUGAAUCCAGUCCAAGGGCUCGGCUCCUAAUUGUAAUGGAGAUGAUGGAAGGGGGAGAGCUAUUUCACAGAAUCAGCCAGCACCGGCACUUUACUGAGAAGCAAGCAAGCCAAGUAACAAAGCAGAUAGCUUUGGCUUUGCAGCAUUGCCACUCACUAAAUAUUGCACAUAGAGACCUCAAGCCUGAAAAUCUCCUCUUCAAGGAUAACUCUUUGGAUGCUCCUGUUAAAUUGUGUGACUUUGGAUUUGCCAAGGUAGACCAAGGUGACUUGAUGACACCCCAGUUCACUCCAUAUUAUGUAGCACCUCAGGUUUUAGAGGCACAAAGACGACAUCAAAAAGAAAAAUCUGGUAUUAUCCCUACCUCACCUACACCCUACACUUAUAACAAGGACUGUGAUUUGUGGUCUCUGGGUGUCAUCAUUUAUGUGAUGCUGUGCGGAUACCCUCCGUUUUACUCUAAGCAUCAGAGUCGGACAAUUCCAAAGGACAUGCGGAAAAAGAUCAUGACGGGAAGUUUUGAAUUUCCAGAAGAAGAAUGGAGCCAGAUCUCAGAAAUGGCAAAAGACAUUGUGAGAAAGCUGCUGAAGGUGAAGCCUGAGGAACGGCUGACGAUAGAAGGAGUGCUGGAUCAUCCCUGGCUAAACUCCACCGAGGCUCUUGAUAACAUUUUGCCUUCUGCCCAAUUGAUGAUGGACAAGGCAAUGGUUGCUGGGAUACAACAGGCUCAUGCAGAACAGCUUGCUAACAUGAGGAUCCAAGACCUCAAAGUCAGCCUCAAACCCCUCAACUCUGUUAACAACCCAAUCCUACGCAAAAGGAAAUUGCUGGGCACUAAACCAAAGGAUGGUGUCUAUAUUCAUGACCCCGAGAAUGGAAGUGAUGAUUCCAACGUGGCUCUGGAGAAACUCCGAGAUGUGAUUGCACAGUGUAUUCUACCACAGGCUGGUAAAGGAGAGAAUGAAGAUGAGAAACUGAAUGAAGUGAUGCAGGAAGCUUGGAAAUAUAAUAGGGAAUGCAAGUUAUUACGAGACACUCUUCAAAGCUUCAGCUGGAAUGGUAGAGGAUUCACAGAUAAGGUGGAUCGGCUAAAACUGGCAGAAAUAGUAAAACAAGUUAUUGAAGAACAGACAAAUUCUCAUGAUUCACAAUAGCUGAAGCUUCUUAAUCUUAUUUUUUUUUUUUUUUUACCAUUUAAGAGUUAUUCUUUAACUGUAAAAAGUAUUUUUAUGUAAAUUAAUAAAUCAUAAUUAUUUCAUUAAAUUUC